AUGCCGUGGCGGGGGAUUGGGUCGCGAGCCGCGCGGGGCGCCGCGAGGCGGCUGGGCGUGUGGACGGAGGACUGGGGGGCGGGGGCGAGGGGGAUGGGCGGGUGCGCGGCGCCCGUCGUGGCCGGAGGGGGAGGCUGGACCGGGCUCCUGCUGUUCGUGCCAUCUGCGUUUGCCGCCACGCUGGGGUUCUGGCAGCUGGAUAGAAGAAAAUGGAAGACUGACCUCAUCGAGCGACGCAAGGCGCAGCUCCAGGAGGACCCAGUUGACAUACAGGCGAUCGACCAGCCUGUCGAAUUCCAACAUGUCCGUGCUGUUGGGAAGCUGAUUCAGGAGAACUCAGUCUUUGUUGGCCCCAGGGUUCGCAAAAACAACAACUGGGGCGGAUGCUGA